AUGCCAAAGACUCGCGCGUACACGCGUGAGGAGCUUAGAGGUCUCCGCCGCGCAGAUCUCCAACGCCUUUGCAAGACCUACGACAUCAAAGGCGCCAACGCAAAGUCAGAAGUCUUGGUGGAAACCCUCGCCACCUACUUUACCUCCCCUGCAUAUCUCUCAUCUCCACGUCCCGAGCCGCGAACCCGCCCAGCCUCGAGAUUACACGUCCCCCACCGCCCUCUCCACACACUCACCAGGCGCAACCCCAAGGUGAAAUCACCUCUAACCGUCCCCACAACAAGCUCUGUGUCUCAAGCCAUCCCCCCAGUUCCCGUUGUCGUGGAGGCUCAUCACACGACCCCCGCCAUCCCCUCUACGCUGGAGGCGGGACGCACUGCGAACGAAGCGGCCGCCGCCACCAGCUCCAAUGAUUCCGAUGCCCAAACAGUGUCUGCUUUGCGCCAAGAAAUCUCGCAGCUCAAGGAAACAGUGGCCAACUGGGAGGAGCAACAAGAGGGCAUCGUUUCCAAACUCGUGGAGGCCAAGUUUGCCGAGUUCAUUGGCAUUGUUCAGCGCCAGCUAGCGGUGGUAGAGGAACGUGAAACAGCCCUCCAGAAGCGGGAACAAGAGCUGGACGCUGCCUGGGCGCAGAUUCGGCGGGGCUUGAUUAACAAUAACACGACCGAUGAGCACCGUUCAGCAACCAUGGCCGUCCCUGCGGGCUCUGUCUCCAGGCUGGCGAGUGGGAAAAGGAAACAACAAGCGGUGGAUUCCACCGGCUUUCUUGGUGAUGAGCUCCAAGGAGAUCCCAAGCGCGCGCGCCUGCAGCUGGGCUCCUCCCCGCACACUCCCCCGCCAGCCCUUCAGGCUGAUGCCUCGUCGACGUUUGUUCACAUCGGCACUUCGUCAUUACCCCCUCCGCGUACACCAUCCCCUGGCCAUCAAGGCACUUCCAUGGACCAGUCGAGGACUCCACCUGUUGAUCCCAACAAUUUAAACUGCCCUGUCUUCUCCACCACGCCCCGCCCCCCUCGCGAACCAUCCAGUCCAACCACCGACCACUUUGCUCGACCUGAUGGCCCGCCCCCAAUCCUCACCCCUGGCGGACCUGGCUUUAGGGCGGCCCGAUCUCGCAUGGACCGUUCUGUCCGGAUGUUGUCCAAGGCCCAGUUUGACCUGAGUCACAUCACCGACGAGGACACCGAAUCGUUCCUGCGGCCAAUCCUCAUCCGCAAGGACCGUACGGUUACACCUCCGGCCUUGAGUCCCUCUCCAUCCAUCGGUGGUGACAACUUUACCUACACGCCGCUUCCGAUGCCCAGCAGCAGCCUUGCGGCAACGUCGUCCGUCGCAGGAUCGUCGACGACAACAUGGGACAAGCCCCCGCCCCCCGUCUCCUCUCCAGGUCGCGAGUACAUGGACAUUGCCCUCAACGGCCUGUCCAACCCAAACGACACGAUGGUCACUCCAAACUCGCGCACAAUGCUUGGGACGGAGCGUUACCAUGACACCAGGUUUGGCGACGAGCCUGUCGUCCCGUGGGCCAGCCCCACUGUCGACUUUGGACCUGCUACACCGAGCCACUAG